AUGUUCCCUCAGCGCAACCUCCUCCGUCUUUCUCAGCGCUCUGCUCAGCAGCUGCGUGCCACUCCGGUGCGCUCUGCUGUCCAGCGCCGCCUGAACAGCACCGACGCUAAGAUGCCGUCCUGGGCCGUCGACAACGAGUUCAACCGCGAGAGAGCCAACGUCAAGCACCAUGCUGCUUCCACCAGCGAUCUCUGGAAGAAGCUCUCCAUCUUCGCUGUCAUUCCUUGCCUUAUCCUUGGCUCCGUCAACGCCUACAACCUCUGGGAGGAGCACUGGGAGCACUGGGAGCACAUGCCCCCUCUUGAGGAGCGCACGGAAUACCCUUACCAGAACAUCCGUGUGAAGAACUACCCCUGGGGUGAUGGUGACAAGCUGGAACUCGGACGUCAACUACCACAACAAGGACAAGGCCACCUAAAUCCUUGCAAAGGCUUCUGCCUAGGUAACUUCCUCCUGUUGGCUGUUACAAUCAUAAGGGCUAUGUAUAUUUACUGCGACCACGGGGAUAGAGGCGGUGGGAGAUGUGAUGAUUGA